GCCGUGUCGUCUUCGUCGUAUAUUUCCCCCAGUAGAUGAACACGUUGUUCAAACUCGGAAGCUUGAUCAGAAUCACUGCUUCCCGUCUUUCUUCAAAUCAACACCUUCGCUACUACGCCGUAACCUCUGCUUCUCCCACUAUUCCCCAACCUCGUUUCUUCUCCAAUGGCACCGACGGGGAAAGCGCGCUUUAUCACCACGCGCGCAUGUUCAGGAAACCACUUUCCACAAGCUUCGAGUUCAACCUUUCGAACUCCGUGAGCCUUAUGGGUUUCGUCGAUCAACCUAUUAGAGUCAUCGACACGGAGCCCGAUAGGUUCGGUGUUUCUACUUGGCUUAGAGUCACAGACCCGCGUGAUCCCAUCCGACGGAGCUUUAGGAUACCUCUUAGUAUUUGGGACGUGAUGGCACGGAAGUGCAUUGCUCAUUUGAAGCCCAAUGAUUUCAUAUCUGUCUCAGGCCGCCUGGUUUCUUACGACAAGAGCUCUGGUAAUGAAAAUAGCGCCUCAAGUUUGGAUUACCAGGUUAAAGUGUCAGAGGUGAACUACGUGAUGCCUCCACCAAGUCACGUCUUAGAUUCUGAGAUACCCCAAAAGCUUAAAUCAGAAACAGUGUUUCUUGAAAUGGAGAGUGAAGGUGGUACAGAAGAGUCCAAGAAUGGUGAUAUUGACUUGUGGGAAGCCUUCUUUGCCAAUCCAGACGAUUGGUGGGACAGGAGGAGAAAUAAGAAGAACCCGAGGCUACCGGAUUUUAAGCAUAAAGAUACAGAUGAAGCUCUCUGGCUUAGCUCAGGUACACCGGUUUGGGUUACUAGACACCUUGAACUGUUAGACCAAAGAAAAGAAGAUGAUCUAGAAGAAUCUGAGAAUGAUGAGAUUUACUUGUGGAAAGCCUUCUUUGCGAACCCAGACGAGUGGUGGGACAAGAGGAGAAACAAGAAGAACCCAAAGCUGCCUGACUUCAAACAUAAAGAUACAGGGGAAGCUCUCUGGCUUAACUCAGAAACACCGGUUUGGGUUACUAGACAACUUGAAUUGUUGGACCAGAGUAAUCCAGAAGGUGUAGAAGAACCCAACGAUGAUAAGCUUUACUUGUGGCAACUCUUCUUUGCUAAUCCACACGAGUGGUGGGACAAAAGGAAAAGUAAGACGAACCCGAGACAGCCUGACUUCACCCACAAAGACACAAGUGAAGCUCUCUGGCUUGACUCAGAUGUACCGGUUUGGGUUACUAGACAACUUGAAUUGUACGACCAAAGUAAUACAAACAAGAGCUGUUAUGACCAGGAACAAACAGGUCGUGGCCGUCUUGGUGACUGGGUUUAGAUGUUUCUUUAGAUAUAUUACAAAAUGUGUUUCACCACUCAUCUUAAGAUCGUUGAAAUCACAUAUCAGUUUCUUCGGCUAAUAUAGCCUGGAAUCACUCACCAUGUAGUCUAUUGGACGCUGAACAUGCAAAAUUAUAAAAUAAAUAAUCUAAUAAUU